GCAUCCCCGAUACAUAGUAGCCAGUGUAGUUGGGAUUGCUGUUUAGAAAGAAAGUUUACACAGUCUAUCUACAAAAGAGCCUCAAUAAAACGUCGUGCAAAUCGUAAUGGAAUCAUCAACAACCAUGGACGAUGAUCCAUUCCAAAAGAUACAUUUGCACAUGCAGUCAAUCUGUACGGCCGGUUUUAAUCGUAUGUACGCGCUGUGGAGCGAAAUGUUCGACAAGAACCUGUGCUUGGAUUACACCGAACGGUUGCCGGAUCAUAUGACGUCAUUUUUCGACGAAGUGUAUGAAGAAAGCUUUCAGCGCAAGCAGCGCUUCGUGCUGGAAAUAGCACAGCUGCAGCAGGAAGCGGAAAAUUUGCAGCGCCUUCUUGGUGAAAAACACCCUUGUUUGCCCCCCGGUACUGCAACUCAGCCACUGCUAGACCAACGCACGGCACUCGAUGCGAGUCUCGAGCAGAUGAGACGGAAGCUAAACGAACGGCACGAAACCAUCGAUGAGUAUAUGCUCGAGAUGGAAACGUUGUGUGAAGAACUUAGUGAAGAACCACAAAUUCUGUCGAAGGAUCCGCUGCCAACGGAGCAAGAGAUAUCCGAAUUUCGUUCGUAUCUGGACCAUCUAAUGGCCGAGAAGAUGCAGCGUUUGGAAGACAUCACCGUCCUGCGUCGUGAAACGAAGAAACUCAUGGGCUACCUGGAAACGAUUCCACUGUCCGAUGAGCAGCAACGGCUGCUGAAUGCACGGAAGUUUCCACCGACGCGUGAAAACAUGCACAGGCUGCGUGUUCUGCAUGAGGAAACGGUAGCCCAGUACGAAAGUCUCAAGCAGCACAUCGACGAUGUACGGCGUAAGCUGGAGCGAUUGUGGCAUUGUCUCGAAACCGAUCCGGGCGUCAUGAAAAAGUUCGAAAAACUAACUUCCUAUACACAAACCACCUUCGACAAGCUGUUCGCCGAGCACGAUCGGUGUGAAACUUUGAGGCGCGAAAAUAUGAAAGCAUUCGUUGAGAAUACCCGGCACGAAAUCACGGAAUGGUGGGAACGCUGCAUGAAGUCGGCCGAUGAGCGGGCCCGUUUCAGUACGUUCCACUCGCAGGAAUACAACGAAGACACGCUGAAACUUCACGAGCUGGAGCUGGAAAGCUUGAAGGUGUUCUACAACGAGAACGAACCGAUCUUCCAGAUGGUGCUCCAGCGACAGGAGAUGUGGGAUCGCAUGCUGGCGCUCGAGAACAAAUCGAGCGAUCCGACACGGUACAACAACCGCGGUGGAAAGUUGCUAGAGGAGGAAAAGGAACGGCGGCGGAUCAGCUGCCAGCUGCCGAAGAUCGAAGCAAAGCUGCUGGAGGCUUGCAAGCAAUACGAGGAAGAGCACGGACGCAAGUUUACGGUGUACGGUACGGAUGUCCAGGAGAUGAUCGAACAGCAGUGGAAGCAGCGAGAAGAAAGCAAGUAUCAAAUCUCGAGCGCCCGGAAAAAAGCAAACGGAAUCCUGGGAGUAUCAUCUGUCGGGCGCACACCGGGACGUGGCGGUGAUUCGAUAAUGAUUAAAUCAUCCUCCAUUAUGGGCAGCAAUCGAUCGCGUCUAGUGGCUGGGAGUUCCGCCAUGAAAGCGCCGGUAACACCUUUGUUAGUGCGAUCGGCUGCAAAGUCCGGCUCCCAUUUAAAGCGUAAACUGGCAACACCGACAAACAAUACCAUGCACGCAAAGCGAUCGCUUCUGCGGGAAUUGAACAGUCCUGCACCCAAUGGUACGUCCGCAAUCAAUCGAACGGGAACAAAACUUGCAAUUGCGAAAACAGCACCGGGGAAAAUACCAGCCAUCAAGGUGUACGAUACCAAGGCAGGCAGAUCAGCUGCACAGAAGCGGCGUUCGCGUCGAAAAUCGCAGGGCAAACGACGCAGCGUAUCAAUGGCUAAAGUCCCAUCGUUGACUGUAACAUCGUCCGAUGGUACAAUUCUACAGGAAUCGGUGUGUUACGAAAAGAUUGAGAACUUCUUUGACAACAAUGUUCCCAACCGAUCGUCGGUGGUUCCCGAGAAGCACCAGUCACGGCGCAUCACUCGGCUGCAGCAACAUCGAAUGGUGGAACCGCUGAAAUUGUUCGCAACGUCCGACACCAGUUGCACCGGAGGGGAAGAAAAUGUUGAACCAACAACUUCGGCACCUCCCUUUGCUAUGGGUGCUCCCGUCAGCUUUUCGCAUUCUCCCGUCGCCUGCUCAACAAUGCCCCUGCGAUCGCCGGGUAUCGGAACGAACCAUUCGAUGUCGAUCGUGAACAAUACGCGAGGUGGCUCAAGACGGCUAAAGCCUGCCGCUAAAAAUUGUCCCAUCAUAUUCUAACCCUGUAGUCCGUCCUGGCGCACAUACGUUGUUGCAUAUUUGUGUAAUUUUAAAGUUUAAAAUGUAAAAGCUGCGUAAAACGUUUGGAUUAGAGCGACUUCACGCUAGAUGUGCACGCUUAAACAUUGGCUUUACUCGAAACCUUUGCGAAAUGUUGUAUUAAACAAUCGAAAGGAGCCGGUACGUGUGAGGGAAGCUAGUAUUUUGGCGAACGAGAUAUAGAAUGGUUAAAUUGCGUUGGGUAUGUGUUCCACUGGAACUGAUUUGAUGCGGUACCAAAAUGGAUCACCUGUUCCUUCGGUUAAGUGAAUGAAUUGGGUUCAGCUACAUGACCCUACACAUAAUUGUGAUCUUAUUCGAACGGAUUGCGGUUAAUAUCAUUCUGUACAAAGAUAUAUUAUAAUUAUUAUGUUUCAUUCCAAGCGUUGAACUUUAGAACAAUCGAAUGUGCUUUAAAUGCACUCCUCCUUGGAAUCAAAUGGUUGGUCGCGGGUUUUGCUCUCUUUUUUUCUAAUUUACACCCAAAAAAACGCACCUGAACGCUAUCGAUAGGAGAAUAAUUUUAAGCUAUGCGAAAUUUUACUUAAUUGUCGGUACAAAAUCCAUUUAAUCCACUGUUAACGAAUAAAAG